CAGUUUUAUUUCAGUAUACAUUUGACCUUUAAAGGGAGUGGGUGGCAAAGUAGAUCUAAGUUGAGUGUUAAAUGUUAUUUUUGAAAAAAUAAGUGUUCAGUGUUUAUGCCCACCCUGACGAAUAAAGGUGAACAAUUAAGCACCAUGACAUCAGACCAGGAGUCAUGCUCUGAUGAGGAACCUGAUAGUGAAAUGUUGAGUGAUGACCUAUGUCUUCCCGACAGCGACGAUGACAGGCAGGCUCUCCGGCCUUCACAGAAUCUCCCUGAAGAGCUACAACUUAACUCGUGUCUUCUUUUACCGCCACGAAGUCUCUCCACAAAUAGUCGUGAAAGAUGGCGACAGCAAAACGUUAGUGGGGCAUUUGCUGAACUAAGAAGACUAGUGCCGACGUAUCCUCAUGAUAAGAAGCUUUCUAAGAAUGAGAUACUACGGAUGUCUAUAAGGUACAUAGGCCUUCUCUGCGAAGUCAUAGAAUGGCAGAAGAACCACGGUUUACUUACGAAUAAAGAAAACGCAAUCUUGGCCGUCAAAUGCGAAUCACCAAUGAGUCCAGUCUCAUGCCGACGGUUCAAAAGAAAUUUUCUAGAGAGACCAGAUGAAAACCACGACUUCAUAGGCAACGAAGAAAAUGAUUUUAGAAGACGUCUUUGCUACAAAGAUUGGUAUGGGAAGGAUUUGAAAAUUCUACGCAAUAAGUUCUAUGUGUCAGCAAGAUGGCGGCAGAUGCCCUUUAGGAAUCUGACGGGGGAACGAAACGGGAAUAAUUUGCUAAUGAUUGCUCCUAAAGAUGAUGAGAAAAAAGAGAAAAAUGAGGGGAAAGAUAAAAGUUAAUUACUAUGAUUUACAUGGUCAUACUAUGAUAUAUUUUACUGAAUCGCAUCUUGUAUCUAAUUGAAAAGCAUUGAAUCUUGGCCGUUUAUUGUGUCAGAAAAUUUACCGCAUGUGAAGUUCAAUAGUUAUCACUUUUAUUGUGUUUUUAAAAUAUAAAUAAAUAAAUCUCUGUUUAUAUUAGAUUUUUUAGCGCUGUAAAAUGGUGUAAGAUUCUAGGAUUUUAUUAGAGGAAUACUUCGUGAUCCCGUUUCAAAAUAACUGUCUUACAUAUAUUUAAUUUAUUAUGUAAAUUAUUUUAAUUUGAUUGUAUCAAAAAGUCACUUAAACGUUAUAAAAAU